AUGGUUGCCAUGUCCGAACCUGCGAAGGAGCCGUCACGUUCUGCCGCUCCUCCCUCAGCACGUCCCUCCAAUUUCGCAAUGCGAUAUAAGUUUAUCGAUGCAUCUACAAGCAGUCCUAAAAGCUUGGCUAGUGUCAAGUGUCAUGUCAUGUUAGAAUGUGCGCGCCAAAAAAAAUGGCAAGAGCAACAACAACCAGACACUGAUGGUGAAGGCGAUGCGGAUAUCGACACCAGUGGGGAAGACAAACCCCAGCGCGGAGAGCGGCAUGUAAGACGUGCCAGAGCACGAAGGCAAGCCCCAAACCAUAACACAUACGGGGAAUACCAGGACUUAGAAAUCGCGGAUCAAGUUGGACUGGGAUUUGGUGCUGAUUAUUUCGAUAAACGGGGAAUAUCUUCUUCAUGGAGCCCAUUCGCGGGUCACAGACCUUGGGAAUCGCCUCCUUUUGGCCUGGGCAUGUGGGAGACAAGUAUCAGUCUCAGGCAAAUGAUCCCAGAUUUCAAAGCAAUAAGUUACCGGAUCUUUGCCAAUUUCGCUUACGAAGAAGGGAAGAUGUUGUUCGAUUUCUACGCUAACAUCAUGCCUUCAUGUUCGUACGGUUUCCAUACAAGGUCACCAAAUGCUCACAAUUGGUAUUUGCAGGUGUUCAUACCAGUAGCUAUGAAAGCAGAUCUUACAUUCCAGAAUACUAUUCUCGUUCAUGCUGCAAAUACACAAGCGUGGGUAAAGGGGUUGUCUGAGAAGCGCGCGGCUCUUGUUCACUAUGUUUCGGAUGCCGCCAUCUCUGCAACGCUCAGUUGCGCUGCAGUGGAAGAUUUUGACUCUCGUCCGGAGCGGAAACCAAUCAGUUGGAUUCAUAUGCGUGCCGCAAUGCAGAAGAUCCGUGCCAGGGGAGGACCAGCUGCAUUCCAACAAAAUCAGAGAAUGGCUAUGUUAAUUAAUUGGCAAGAUUAUAUCCUCGCAGGUUACGAAACGAAAGAACCAUCGUUUUUCUACGAGGAUACCCCUGCAAACAUGCGGAGCUCUUCGAGUCAAAUGGAAACAGGAACGCCCGCGGCUGAACCUGUUCCCUCCGAACGCCCUUGGUUUGUUGGGAGAAUGCUUAAGAUCGCGAAACGGCUUGGGAGGCCAUCUUGGGAACAACUAAAUGACUCUCUUUUAUCCUUCCUCACGCUGACGGCGGAGGCACCAAUGCUCCCGUCGUGGGAAAACGACUUGAGACAUGAGAUUCUCACAGCUCCCCUAACAAGCUAUAUUAUGCCCCUAUUACUCGCAUCUAGUGUGGAGUUCCUGAUAUACAUCGAGGUUUUGUCAGCUCUGACCAUCCUGGGAUCGAUGGUACCGCCAUACCCAAACUUUGUGUAUGAUCUGGUUUGGACACUGGCCUGGUCUGUGGCUGCUGCGUUCGCCAUGGUAGUUCAAGGAGCCCUAUGUAUUGUCGAUGCUAAAUUUGAUAUCCGGUCCCUCGCAAAUCGCCUGGUCAAUGUUGGAGCAAGAGGUCAAGAAAAAGAAGUGAAAAGAAAAGAUGAAGAAAGUAAAAGCGAAGGAUCGAAUGAAGCGAUAAAAGAUGUACCACCAGGGGAAGGGCGAAAGGAGACAAAGAAAAUAAAGGGUUUUGGAAAUUCUCACAUUUCCUCGCAUCUUGUCAGCUAUUGUAUUCUUGGAGUGGUGCUCAUGGCCAUGGGGUCUGCAGUUAUGCUCGUAUGGGGCGCUCCAGCAUUCGGACGAUAUAUCAUAUAUAGAACCCCAAUUCCCGACUAUAGCGUCACCCUUACAAAUCCAACCAACAAUAGCAUAUCCUUUGCGAUCUCAACCAACAUUCGAGUCCCGGAUAGGUUCAAAAUCUCUGUCGAUCCAAUGCAUGCGGAUUUCUUCCUCCCGGACAGUCAGCUUUAUACAGUUCCACUUGCGACAGUCGAUCUUGCAAAAAUGGUAUUUCACUCUAAUGAGCGAAUAGAGCUUGUAAACCAAACGUUAAAGUUCGGAAAUCUGAAUGAAUUUGCGAAGCUGGUUGAACAGGUCGUGUAUCAGCCAACAUUCAGAGUAGUUGGUCAGACACGCGCAAAAAUACGCCUUCCCCCGAUUCCGGCAACAUGGAUUGAUAUCGAUGGGGCUAUUGAAUUACCGGGUUAGAUUAGUCUCCCCCGCUCUUGCUAUUUCUUUCGUCAUGGCUCUGAUUCCUUAUUGUUUUUCCCUCGGGUAACCGCUCAUAGUGAGAAAGCAUUCGACAACUUUGCUCAAAUCGAUAUAAGAGAUGUCAGAGUACAUCUUCCUGAUGCUGAAGGCUACAAUAUGGUAGCCGAAAUGGUCAUGAUCAACGUAACCCCAGUUUACCUAACUCUGGGCGAUAUGUAUUUGCAGAUAUUGAUUGGCGAUGUCCAGAUAGGACAGGCCUUCGUGACGCUCAAUGGCAUCAUACCCGGCAACAAUACCCUUCUCGUUAAGGGAAUUAUGGAUUAUGGGAAUAUCCAAAAGAAUAUAAUGUCUAUACUAAAAACGGAGGCCCCCUAUCUUGAACGGGGACUGUUUAUGGCGUCUGCAGUGGUUGAAUCCGUUGUGAAUGAGGGCCAGCACCUGAACUAUUGGGAACAAUCGUUUCAAUCGAUCAAAGUGUCCGCCACAACGCCAAUCAAGGCCCUUUUCAGCAGCAUCAUAGGCAACGGUUUUGAAUCAGCGCCCAUAGAGAUUCCCGGCAGUGGCAGGGGUGGUGGGGACGCAAUCGCAAGCCUUGCUGAUAAGGUCCUUAAGACAAUCAAUGAUCUCUCAGCAAGCAACCAUAUCAAUAUAUGGAAUCAGAGGGGAGGGCCUCCAAUCCAGUUGGGGAUUUCAUCGCAGUCUGGAUCUCAAUAGAAUUUGACAGGUUUUUCGCGACAGCCGAUAAGAAUCUAUGAAAAUAUGUGGGAUAAUUCCGAAUCGAAUUGAACAAAUUUGAUCAUUGAGAAUCGACCGAAGCUAAUCGCCCGUGUUCCCUGGCUCAGGCCGUGGCCGUGGGGUUUGAGUUGAGCGUGAUUGUUUCGGCUGGCACAUCUGGGAAAAAUUUUCUUUUUUUCCGUUGGAUGUCACUGGUGGAACUUGUCAGCUUGACGAAGGGUAUGCUCCAUGAGUCCAUGUACACGAGGUCUCCACCUUUGGGAUAAUAAUUCAGUGUGCUAGUUGGUCGUUGUAAGGAAGGCUCUGGAAGAGAGAAUUGAAGGAGGAAUAGAGGAAGAAGGGUUUUAUACUAUGUGAUCACCCGGUUACAGAUGAACAUGGUGCUAUGUGAGACCCGAAACCUCACCAUGAGACUACAGAGCUAGAUAUAGCAGAGAAGCAGGCAAGGGGUUUGAGGUUACGGGACCACUUGAGUCCUACUGGAGCUCCACGAUGCAAGAAUAGAGAGCUGACUCAGCACUCUGAAUCUCAUCAAUACAGUC